CAAUUAAUUAAAAUUUAUUUACAUUUAGAAACAAAUUUAUGAAUUAGAUAGAUUUUUAUACCAUUUAUACAAAUGCUGAAGCUUGUUACGUACUCUGUUAAUAAAAAAGGACUACCUUAAAAUACGUUGUUGAUACUAAACAAGGACUACAUACCAUUACACAUGUUGUUACAGAAAAUAAGGACUACGCGGCUAGCACUAUCUAUAUGAAGAGGUUUUGACAAAGAAAAGCCGUUUUAGACCUCAGACAUGUCAGUGUAUAUUAUUGCUGCGGAUGAUGCUAAAGCACUUGCGAAUACAUUGAGAACGUCGUUGCAGUCCACUGCGCAACAUAUUGAGACGAUAUCUGUUACCGUCUUUUUAAAAUUAAAGUCAACACGGAAUGAAAAGUCAGUGAAUGUGAUAUUUCUCACAACUCUGACUUGGCAAGAAAUACAGAGACAAAGGGGCGAUUUUAAAAGGCUAUUUUCAAAAUCGAGGAAUACUGUCGUGCUGUCAUCAUGCGCAGAAUCCGUAAAGUCAGCAGCUGUAGAAAUGUUCUCUAAGAUAGUCGUCGACUGGGAGUCGGUUGGAUUAUUUGAAGCUUCCGGGGAAGAAUGGUACAAAGCGGAAGCUAGAAUAAAGUAUCGACUAUCGGAACUCGAGAGCGGGGAAUUUCAUAUACCACGUGCAAGUAGAUAUAUUAUCAAGCCAGAUUCAGUUUCAACACUGUCAGAGCCGAAGUCGGAAGUACUGAUUAUUUUGUUCGAUGAUGGAACUGCUGAAUACCCUUCUGAUGUGAAAAGUGUCGAGAUCAAAACUGCUGGGAGAAAUCUUAUUGAAGCGAGAAAGAUCCAAUCAAACGUUUGGUCAUUCAGUGCAUUAGAUUUAGCACCUGGAGACCACGAGAUCAGAGUAUUUGUAGAUAGCGUAGAUAUUGGAACAAACAUACUUUAUGUUCAAAAUCAGCAUCUCAUGAAUAGAGAAUUACUAGCCAACUUCAAACGAGAGGAUCCGGAGGGAUUUCUGGCUGAACUUCUUAGGGUAAACAAAGAGGACUUCGACCAUGACUUGUUAGAUACUAUCAGUGGGUCAAGCUGCGUCCCUCUUGUAGAAACGCUUCUGAAAUAUGGAGAUGAAAACGGUCAUGAUUAUCCAAACUUUCUACAUUUCUGUGCCAAGUACGGAUAUAAAGCGUGUGUAAACUGGUGCCAAAAGCUUCCUGACUUUAAAGAAGCAUGCAUGGUUCAGAACAGACAUGGAAAGACACCUGAACAAGUUGCAACUGAAGCACAACAAAAUCAGCUGUUGAUUCAGACUCUGCAAAACAAUGAUACUGGAGAUGAGGAUCUACAACCAAUUGGGUCUCCCUUCAAACCCGGUGAGUGCUAAUUUCAGAUAGAGUGUUCCUGAUAUAUUUUUUUUAUGUCCCCAAGGGAGGCAUAUUAGUUUUCAACUGUCCGUCCGUUCGUCACAAUGUUAACUUUUUGCAUGAAGGCAACGUUAACUUUUUGCAUGAAGGCACUUUACUCGCGAACCACUGCAUUCAGGACCUUCAAACUUCACAUGCUAAUAGUACUUAUUGAGUACACGACCCCUAUUGACUUUGGGGUCACCAGAUCAAAGGUCAAGGUCACCAGGUCAAAGGCCAAGGCGCUGCGGGGGCAUUUGUCACCAUUAGUGACAGCUCUUGUUUAAAAUUGUUUAAAAAAACAAAAACAAAUAGCAAUGAAAUAACGCUGUUUAGUUAAAUUAUAAGAUACACAGUUAUAAAGGACACACGCAUGGAAUGGCUACCUUCAUGUGACAGGAGUACUAACUAUGUUUAGAUAUUUCAUGAGACAGAACUUAAUGUACUGUAGGAAGCAUCAUUCCAGGUGCCCGUGGAAACAUUAAUGAAUUUGCUAACUACUUACAUUAAAAACUCAUCUAAUAAGUAUUCAAUGCAAGUUAUUUGAAAUGCAGAACGCUUUAUUUUUGGAAGCACGCGAAGAAAUCAUUCUUGUCCGGAAAUGACAAUGCAGAAUUGUAAGUAUUCAAAAUUGUUACCCUACAACUUUUCCUUAAGAAAGGUAUCCAGUAUUCCCUUGUAGAUUAGGUAAGCAGCAUCCAAGAACGAUACUUUGCCAUUCAAAUGUUAAGCAGUAUUGUGUUAAUAUUGUGAUUUUCAUCCAGACUUAAUUAAAAAUUACUAACUUUUAUUGUAAGUAAAGAAUCUAAACAAACUGCAUGUAAAAGUGAUCUAGUUAAACUGUAUGUAUUGAGGCUUACUUUUAUCUUAUAAAGGUGCAAAACUAUAUUCUGUAUUUUCAAUGAUCAAAUCUUGUAAAGAAUACUGAAAUUACGAACUACAUAAAACAUGUUGUCUUUCGACUGCUUAAUACAUAUAUGAAAAGCAGUAUGUAGAAAUUAUAUGAUGCUUGACACGUACCAUACUGUAUUACAAGAACAUUAAUAUGAUGC